UAUUAUGCAUUCAUUCAUUUGGCUCUUAGUGUGCAUUGGAUUGAAGUGAACAUUGUGGUGGUGAGACGAAAGACAGAGUUCAAUGGAAAGCCAGAAGAAGAUGAAGAUACUUUGCCUCCAUGGAUUUAGAACGAGCGGCGCCUUUCUCAAAAACCAAAUUACCACCAAAUGGCCUUCUUUCGCCUCUCAAUUUGACAUGGAUUUUCCCGAUGGAAUAUUUCCUGCUGCUGGAAAAUCUGACAUUGAAGGCGUCUACCCACCACCUUAUUACGAGUGGUUUCAAUUUGACAAGGACUUCACAGAGUACACAAACUUGGAAGAAUGCAUCACUUAUUUAUGCGACUACAUAACAACCAAGGGCCCUUUUGAUGGUCUGCUUGGUUUUUCUCAGGGUGCGACGCUAUCAGGACUCCUAUUGGGCUACCAAGCUCAGGGUAAGGUGUUGAAGGACCAUCCACCUUUCAAGUUUUGUAUAUCAACAUCAGGAGCAAUGUUCAGAGAUCCCAGCAUAUGUGACAUUGCCUACAAAGACCCUAUCAAGGCCAAAUCUGUUCACUUCAUAGGAGCCAAAGACUGGUUAAGACGACCUUCGGAGGAUUUUGCCGCUGCAUUUGAUAACCCACUCAUCAUAAGGCACCCAUACGGCCAUACUUUCCCAAGGCUAGAUGAAGCAGCAACCGAGCAACUAUGUGGUUGGACUAAAACAAUCAUUGAAUGCAAUAACACUGAGAAUGGAGAUGCCAAAGAAAAACAUAACGGCACAGAUCCAGUGAUUGCAGAAAGUAAGAUCCAAAACAAGAAAACAAGCACUGCAGUUGACAUAAAAACAAAUGAGAGACAAGUCGAGGUUGUGGAGGCAACCUACGCAUGAAGAUCUCAAAUGUCACAAUAAAGACCUGGUCACUUGAAUGCACAAUCUACAUUGAUCACAGUAGCGGUGUGUGGAGCCAAAUAAUAUGUACUCUGUAGUCAGUACUGUAUGUGUUCCCUUCUUGGGGUCAUGCAGUUUUAUCUUUAUCCAAUGUAAAUCUAUAAUAGUAUAAUCUGGUUUGAAUGUA